CAGCGACAGCCUCAGUCUCGACACCGGCAUCGCCCGCGACCGCAGCACGACACAUACCGACACCUGGACAGAGACGCACCACAUCGCCACCGCCAGCAAUAGCAGCAGCAUCCUCGCCACCACCACCACCGCCCGCCGCGACUCCCCCGACCCGGCGACCUCAAUUGCACCGCCAUCACCGCCCGUCGAGCCCGGCCCGGAGUCCAGAUCUGCUGCGUCGCCUGACCUCGGCCUUGCAUCAGCCGCAUCCUCACCCGCGUCCGCAUCGCCGUCGCCGUCGCCGGGAUCCUCGCCCGACGUCCUGUCCGAGUCCGAGGCCACCCCCGGCUCUGCUGUGUCCGAACCGUUCACAACUCCAACGCCCGGCCUCAAGCCGCGUCCGCCGCCGAUCUCGCCGCUGCCUCCCUUCGUGGCCCCCGCGUCGUAUCUUUUCCACCACCACUUUGGCGUCAUGGCCGAUGCGCCGCCAGACCCCAAGCCGCUGAGUCCCCUGGACAAGGACCAGCGACAAGGCCUGAAAGCGAUUCGCGAAUUCCUCCGCAAGCGCACCAGCUACGAUGUGCUACCGCUGUCAUUCCGCCUCAUCGUGCUUGAUACGGAUCUACUCAUUAAGAAGAGUCUGAACAUCCUCAUCCAAAACUCCAUUGUGUCUGCCCCCCUGUGGGAUUCGCACAUCUCGCGCUUUGCGGGCAUCCUGACGGCCACCGAUUACAUCAAUGUCAUCCAGUAUCACUGCCAGUUCCCCGAUGAGAUGAGCAAGCUGGAUCAAUUCCGUCUAGCUAGUCUGCCAGACAUUGAAAAGGCCAUUGGGGCAACACCCAUCGAGACCGUCUCCGUCCAUCCUUCGAAACCCCUGUACGAAGCCCUCCGACGUAUGCUUAAGACCCGUGCGCGAAGAAUCCCCUUGGUCGACCUCGACGAAGAGACUGGCAGAGAAACUGUCAUCUCGGUCAUUACCCAAUACAGGAUUCUCAAGUUCAUUGCCGUCAACAAUGAACACAACACAAUCUUACUCAAGAAGACUGUUCGCGACCUUCAGCUGGGAACCUACACGGACUUGGCCGUUGCACGCAUGGGCACCACCGUUCUAGAGGUUAUCAACCUCAUGGUCAGCCGGAACAUCAGCUGCGUGCCCAUUGUGGACUCGGAAAACAGGGUUCUCAAUGCCUUUGAAGCCGUCGACAUCAUCCCGUGCAUUAAGGGGGGAGCAUAUGACGAGCUCAACGGCAGCGUUGGUGAGGCGCUGUGCAAGCGACCCGAGGACAACCCCGGCAUCUUUACGUGCAGCGAAGACGACAGGCUCGACUCCAUCUUUGACACGAUCCGCAAGAGCCGCGUCCACAGGCUGGUUGUCGUCGAUGACGAGAACAAGCUCAAGGGGGUGAUUUCGCUGUCCGACAUCCUCAAGUACGUGCUGCUCCACGGCGAAGAGGACGAUGCCGCGUAACUGACAAGCGGCUACGUGAUGCCGUGUGAUACGAUAUGAAUAACGGGUGGCUGCACACGGAGGAACGGUUACGGGGGGCAAAGGAAUGCAUUUGGUGCGGCGUACUCAUGGUUUUGGGAUGGCGACGACGAGCUGCCAGGAUUCUGGUAUAAACUUACUCUAGUGCCAUUUUGUUUUCUUCUCCAUUCUUAAUCAACUGAUAGAGCUUGCAUACGGUCGGUUUUCUUUUGGUCGCUCCGAUUUUGUUGUUUAGGCCAAAUUGGU